UUUAUGAAUUCUUUAAAAGGUUAAAGACAUAAAAGAUGUGUGUGUAGGAUGAUGUAUAAAUUCGAAUAUGCAUACAGGACCUCUGGAAGGGAACAGGGAACAGAAUGGACAUUGACAAGAACUUAGACCUUAGAGUCAGCAGACCGGGGUCCCCAUCCCAGCUCCAGCCCCCACUCACUGCAGUCUGUGGAGAAGGGGUUUGUCUCUGCCACAUCUGUAAAAUGGGGCAUUUUGUAUCUGCUCUGCAGCUUGGAAGAAUUGGCAGGAGAAUCUCAAAAUUCUAGGUGUAAAGACGUUCUCUGCUCUCCUGGAGGUAUGAGGGGGAACCCCAAAAGAAGGCAAUGUUGGGGGAAGUGGUGAGGACCGUGAACUUUGGAACCAAGAGUCAGAGCUGUGUUCAAAUCCCAGCUUUGUUGCUUGCUCACUUGCUUUCCAGGUGGCCUUGGGUUAGUUUCUUAGCCUCUCUGGGCCUCAGUUUCCUCAUCUGUAAAUUGGGGACAACAAUGGUAUAGGUAUCUUACGGGGUCGCCUUAGGAAUACUUGGCACGUAGAGUGUUGGGCACAGAGCCCCGCACAGAGUAAAAGCUUGAGCAGGGAGAGAAAGAAAGGGGGAAAGGUUUUUCUGUGUUUGUGAUCUGCUCCUGUCCUGAGUGACCAGACCCCUGGCCAUCUCUCUCUGAUUAAAUCUAUUACCACCCUUGACCAUCCUCCAACACAUCCAUCAGGGCCGGUACCCCUGCCCCCAGGGCUUUUACACCAACUGUCCCUUCAGCCCCAUAUUUGUCCUUUAAAUUUUCCCACAGUCAUCGCCUCCCCACCUUUCAGGUCUCAGCUCAGAUGGCCCCACCCCAGAGAGAUCUUCCCCAACCUCCAGCCUAAAGCAAUGUCCCUCUCACCAGCCAAUCCCACUCUACCACAGGGGCCAGCAAACUGUGGGCCUUGGGCCAAAUGAGCUGCACCUGUUUUUACAAAUAAAGUUUUAUUGGCACACAGUCACAUUCAUCCAUUUAUAUAUUCUCCAAGGUUGAUUUUGAGCUACAACAGCAGAGGGGAGUAGCCACAAGAGAGACCGGCUGGCCUGCGAAGCUGAAAAUAUUUACUUUCUGGCCCUUCACAGAAAGUUUGCUGACUCCAGCACUAUCACAAUCCCCCAGUCUGUUUUUUUCAUAGCCAUCAUCUCUGUGUGAGGUUAUCGUGUUCCUUUGUUUACUUGUUUAUUAUCUUCUACACUAAAUGGAGGCCAAAAAUCACAUCAGCUUGGUUCCCUGUUGUAUCUCCCAGUGCCCGGCACAUAGCUGACAUUCAAAAAAAUUUUUUUUGUGUGGAGUAAACGAAUGCAUAAAGUAGGCUUGGGCAGGGGGAACAGAUCUGGCCAAAUUUUUCCAGAAUGUUGGAGGAGGAGGGGGCUUAAGAAAUCCUGUAAACAAACUCUUGUUGUAAAUAAGGGGGGGUCAGACCCUGUGUACACUGCACAGCCUUGUAGAAGACAGUGACGGAGCCAGAUCUCAGGGUUGAAAGGAAGAGCCUGGGGUCUGAGUCUUCUUGUUACUACAAAGCCCACCCCUCUGCAAAAGAGAUGGAAAACGGGACAAUGAAAUGCAAUGCAUAAUUUUGAAUUGGAUCCUGGCUUGGGAAGAAAUACCAUAAAGGACAGGACUGGGAUGACUGGUGAAACUGAAAUAUGGACUCUGGAUUAGACAGUGGUGUUGUAACAACUUUAACUUUUUGGUUGAGAUCGUUGCAUUAAGUUGCAUAGCAGACUUGAUCUUGGGGAAUGCGUGCUGAAGUAUUUAGGAUGAAGGGGCAGUUGUGUUUGCAAUUUACAUGAUUAGAACAGAGGCAAAGAUCUCUAUAGAGAAAAAGACAAAGAGAAAGCAAAUGUGGCCAAAUGUUAACGAUGGGUGGGUGAAUCUAGGUAAAGAUGAUAUGAGAGUUUAUUGCCUUGUUCUUGAAACUUUCCUGUGGGUGUGAAUUUCUUUUUAAAAAAAUAGAAAGUUUUUUUUUUUUUUUUUUAAAGAGGGAAACAAAUAAAUGAGGCAGCCACCCCCAGGCUGCAUUCCUGUUUCUUCCUCUUCCUUUUGUAGCAGGCUCCCUGCUCCUCCUUUGGAGGUGGGAAGCCAGAACUGGCCUCCGCAUGGGAGGCAGGAUGGAAGAAUUAAACCAGAGCGUUUCAGACGAACUCCCACAAGUCACAUAGCUGACAGUGAAUUUGUUGAGUACCUACUAUGUGUUAGGAUCCCCUACAGCUUCUGCACGCAUCAUUAUGGGUUUGAUUGAACUUUCUCCCAGUGUGUGUGGAUGGGGCUAAUCUUUGGUUUGGCACUUUGCUGACAAACGCUAGGUACCUUAUCUGAUGCUCCUGAAUCCAUGGGUGAUCUACAGGCAGCUCAUUUGUGAGGUCAAAUUCCACAAAAUGAGCAGCUCCUUCAUAGGACGUUCAUACUAGGGACAGCACAAGCUAUGACACAAAUCCCUCUAUUGUCACACAUACUACAUUUGAGCAUAGUUAUAACUUCAUGUCUUCACCCCCCCUAAAGGCAAGAUGGGUUGCUGAAUUCAUGUAUAUGUCCCUGGUGCCUAAUACAAUAAAAGUCUGUUGAGUAAAUAAAUGAGUGGAAUGUCUCAGAAAAUAAUAAAUAGCUACAUUAUUGGGAAACUUAUCAUGUUCAGAUUAUUUCUAGUGCCAUGCCAUGCUGCACUGGAGCCUGAGGCAAAAGGAAAAAUUAGUAAUGCCGAUCCUGUCUUUACUGAUAAAGUUUGGUAUUUUGUUCAUUGUGGAUUUUUUGCAGUAAUUCUGAUUUCUUAAAACAUUGCAUUGAAAUAUUAUUUAUCUUGAUUACUGAGGGGUUUUUUUGUAGCCCCUUAAAUUUUGCACCUGAGGCCAGUGCCUCCCUCACCCUAGCCCCAGUCCUGAUUAUUUAUUUCAACAUGCAAUCCACACCAUAUCAUUAAUUCCUCAUCUCAAUGCUCUGAGAAGUUACUACCAUCAUUGCCAUUUCACAACUGAGGAAACUGAAGCACAAAGAUGUUUGAUUAUACCCAAAUACCCACAGCAAGGAGGAGAAAAAUCUGAGUUUGAACCCAAGUUCGUGUGUUUUUUGGCUCAGACCCUGCUCCAUAAAGCAAAACAAUACACUAAGUUAUGAGUUGGGUUCUGAAUCAAGGAAUCGAAAGAUCUAGGCUAGAGUCUCACCUCGGCCCCAGCCUCCUCUAAGCCCUCCAGUCCCACAGACCUCAGUUUCCCUAUCUGGAACUGGACUUAAAUAUUCUGCACUGUGCCGUUUUUACCCCAACACAGUUUACUAGCUUUCUCUCUCCUGAUCCAGCAAUAGCACAAGCUGGGGAUGGGGAGAAGCAGGUACUGGCCAGCGUCCCUGAGCCAACACGGAGUUCAGAGACCUAGGAGGGGGUUAGACCCUGUGGGAAGACCCUGAGGAACACAAUGAGCGUUCCCUCCCCCUCCAGAAAACCCCUAACCCAGGUUUUGGGCAGAUGCCAGACUUUUAUUCUGAAGCUGAGGCCACAACCUAUGAGGUAAUCUUUGGAAUUGCAUUCGAGGCGGAGUCCCAUUGGAAGGCUGGCGAAGCCCCUCCCUGGGUUCCCGGCGCCCCGCCUCCCCUGAAGCCCAUAAAAGCGCAAGUCCCCGCCUAGGCAGCCAGUGGACACCUGCAUCUGCCUGCAAGACGGGAAGCAGGUGAGGCACACAGGGGAAGGGCCGAAGCCGCGUGGGGGGAGGGGUGGUCUGAGGGAUCCGGGCCCCUGUGAAUGGCGCUGGUUUGCAGGUCAGCGCAUGGACAGUUUCCCAGAAAGCGACAAAGACUGUGAAGUUUGACGGUCUGGAAAACGGAGACCAACCGCGCUGACUACCUGGGAGCACCGAGGUUGAGGACAGCUCUCCGACCAACAAGGAAGGAAACUGCUAUUUAUUUCAGCACCGAGACUCAGGACAGCGCCGCUCGGGGUCCAGGAAGGGAGCCACAAUCUGCUUCAGCACCAGGGCUCCGGACAGCUCCUAGGGGGUUCCCGGAGCCGACUUCAUUUCAGAACCAGGACACUGGACAGCUUCCCUGGUACCGGGAAGCCCCUGUCCCCUGACGGGGGAACAGAGGGUGGUCUGAAGUGUCUGACGUUUCUGGAGACUUGACCCUCAUUUAAUGGAUCUUUCAACGAAUUGUUUUCCAGAUAAGCAGGUGAGAUGAAACCGCACACAGAAAAAAAUCUGUAAUUCCCAACAGGUGAAAUGGCCAAUCCGUAGGACGGAGUGGGGACAGGCGCCUGCCAAGAUGGCAUUACUGUGCUCUUUCCAGACUUCUGUGAGAAGCAUUGUGCCAAGCAUGUUACAUACAUUAUAUCAUGCCAUCUUCAGCCCCAGGACAUGGGUGUUAUUACACUCAGGUGACAGGUGAGGAAACUGAGACCCAGAGAGGGGCAGGGACGUAAGAAGCCCAAGGGCUCUCAGCCCAAGGGUGAAGCUGCAAGUCAACCCCACAUUUGUCCAACUCCAAAAUCCAUGUUUCUGAUAUGGCUGGGUGGGAGUUGGGCCCUUGGAGAUCAGACCCUGCCUCUCUCCAGGAGGACCAGGAACAGGAAACAGGGGGCAGUGGAGAACAGGUGUUAUGGCUUAGCUCAGGUGAGGGGAAAGAGCUGGGUGGGGAUCUCAGACGUGGGGCAGACGGUGGCGAAGACGACUGGAACGGUUGUGGUCUAGUGCUGUGUGGAAGACUAGUGAUUUUGUUGUUCUGAUGUACUAUGACAACAAGUCACAGCUUCCUCAUAGCGUGGACUCCCGUCGACCCCCGCCCAAGACGAACAAGCAAGUGUGAGGGCUGGGGGCUCAGGGAGGAAUCACUUCCACCCAGGGGUUGGGUUGACUAAUUCCACAGAAUAAAGGCAGGGGAGGGAACAGAAUAGGGGCAUGCACCCCAUGAAUACACAGCAGUGUGUGGUGUUGGCCAUGUCACUCCUAUGCCCCCACGGGCCUGGAACUACAAAAUAUCUGACUCUGAACCCAGGACUCUUAACCAUCUCACUACACUUUCCUGGAGGAUCAAUGAGGGAACAACCUUUGAAGGCCUCCCUAGAUCAGGAUUCUGGGGAGACUUUUCAAUAAAAGUUCUGUGGAAUGAUUUUUUUUCUCCCCCCACCCUACCAUCAGUUCCAUGGACCAAUUACAGAACACGUGUAAACUUGCGUCUAGUAGGUGGGCUGUGGCAUCAUCAAGGCUCACCCCCAAUUCUCUGUGACACCCUAAUCAAGUCACAGACACGACAUUCGGCUCAGCCCAGCCUACGAACAGCCUUUGCCUUUGUUGUUCCCUCAGCUUGGAAUGGAUGCCGCCACCCCGAGUGCCCCAUGGCACAUUCUGCCUCCUCAUCCAAGUCUCAUUUCAUCGAGGGAAACUUUCUUUGUUGCCUCACCUUUCCCCACGUCAAGUCUACAUUAGACAUUCUCAUAGACCCGGGAUAUCUUCCACCUGGCACUUAGUCUAAUUAUUUUUGUGUUACUAUUUACAGAACUGUCUCCCCCAUGAUACUGUGAGCUCCAUGAGGGCAGAGACUGUGUUUGUAUUUUCACUGCUGAGUCCCCGGCACCCAAUCCAGGGCCUGGUACACAGCAGGUGCUCAAUAAAUAUUUGUUGACUCAAUAAAGGCAUAAGGGAAUAAACCAAUACAUCAAUCAAUAAGUGAAUUGAUGGUUUCGGCGCACGAAGACCCUACUUCUCCUCGGUCUCCCCCACAGAGAUACCACAGGGUGAUGGUUGAUGCAGGUGUUUAUUGGGAAGUAUAAUUAAAUUUGUGGACACUCAAGGGCCGGCCAACCAACUAAUGCCCCAGGAGACAGCCAGACUCGUUUAAUUAGCAAUUAUGAGGCAUUGAUUCCUCAUUAGCUCUGGCAACCCCUGUCUCCCUCCUCAGCCCCAGACAAACGAAAUCUUUCUCUCUCCCGGGAGUACUGCCUCAGUGGGUCCAUUAACAAGCAGAGAAGAUAUGAUUACAAGACACCUAAAUGCCAGAGGCUCUUCAUGAACGAGGAGCGGAGAGAGAGUCCAACAUCUGGGUUAAGGCUAACUGUGAGAGGCUUUCUGGUAUAUUUAGAAUUGUUCUCUGGGAAUGGGAGCGCUUUCAGAUACGAAAAGGCACCCAGAUACUGCCCUUUAGGGACACCAAUGAAAGAGGAGGUUCUGCCCUGGUAUUUUUUUUUUUAAUCUUAUUUAUUUAUUUAUUUUAUUUUUGGCUGUGUUGGGUCUUCUUUUCUGUGCGA